AUGGUAAAUUCCUACCCAAAAUAUUAUCUCGCUGCGCAGAUCCUGCCAGGAUGUAUAACAGGAAUAGCUCUGGGAGUAGCUGUUUUGAUAAAUAUGAAGGCUGAAGAACAGGUCGUUUGCGAUUUGAUAACACCUAUGCUUGGCACGAUGAGCAGUGUGUAUAGUAAAUCAGUCAUGGUAGUAAGCAUUCUGAUUCUGCUAUGCAAUGUGUCCUUUAUACUCUUCUUAAGGAAACAACGAAUAAGCAGCGAAACGGUGAAGAGCGUCAAUCGCUCCGUAUUUGUUAUUUGUAUGACUGUCGUGCUUGGGUAUUUCAGCGCAAUGGUCAUCUUUUCUAUGAGGGAAAUGCUGAAUCUAGACGUUGAUUUGCAGAAUUGGGGUAUACUUGCAGGGUUGUUUGCUAGUUCGGCAUAUUCUCUCAAUUUUUUCGUCUACUACGUUAUCAGCAGGGAAUAUCGCGCUGUAUUCGACGAUCUCCUCGGAAUCGGUCACCUCAAAGCUUUGUUCUGUCGCAGUAAGAAAAUCGGUGGUCAACAAGUAGCUACCUCGUUAGGUGCACGUCCAAGCAACCGUGUCACGGCCACUAAUGCAACUUAA